AUGUCGAACGAGGCCCAAGUGCUCGUGAAGCCAACACGGCCCGAAGAGGCUGGCUUAGAUCUCAUUGUUGUACACGGGGUGACAACCCUGGGACUUCCUCGAUUACCCCAGGAUUGGUAUCUUGUGCUUGGGAAGAUCUUGCCAGAGAACUCCAGCAUCAUCAGCUAUGAUGCUGACCUUCGUGUCGACAACAAAUUUCGCUGGCAAGAUAUCCUGGCGAGGACUGACACGCUGCUGAAUAGUAUCUGGUUGAAGUGGAACUCGGGAAAGCCUGUUGACGAGAGACUGUCCACAAUGACUGCGCAUAAUCUGAAUACUGUGGCUAUUGACACAAGCUUAGCAAGCCUCUUCGACUCUGUUGAUUGUGUCAUCCAUCAGCAUGUGAGGACCUUUCUUCAAGAUAUUUUGGGUAACCUACAAAAGGAGCAGCAGGUGAAAGACGAUACAGAGAGCAAAAUUCUGGAUGCUGUCGUUGAUAUGACCUUAUCCCCUCGAUCCGAGGCCCAAGGAAUCCUCAGCACCCGAGAUUCAUUAGGGCUUUCGUUACCGUUAUCCAUAUCUCCAGAACCCAAUCCGUUCACUGCCAAUUCACCUCCAGAAAACUCUGUUCAACAUCCAAGCUCGUCAGGUGAUUUAUCCAGCAACCAUCUAUCAACUCCUCAAGUCAUUAGCAAAGAAUCGUCUCCAUCCCCACAUUCAGCGGCUUCUGAUAGGAGCUAUCUUGUCGUACCUGAACCUAAUGACACCAGGGUUCCCGACUCUGUCGAGUAUAUUCAAGCAAGGUCCUAUAGUCAGCCGAACUCUGAUUAUUGCGGCCAUGAAGUUGUCUUCAAAAAAAUGCAAAACUCCCUCCUAGAUCUGGCAAACAUUCCAGAUAUGGAAUCCCCAAAUGUAUUUGUUCUCUGUGGUCCAGCAGGGUUAGGCAAGACCCAGCUAGCCUUACACUUUUUUCACGCCUGCAAGUCCCAGUUUGAUGUCAAAAUCUGGAUUCAAGCAAAUAGUAAAGAUAGUCUCUUUGUUGCUUUCAAGGAGAUCUCAGCUAGGCUUAAAUUGGAGUCCAAGGAUGAUGCCUCAGACGACAUCCUCAGUCGAGAGUUGGUGAAAGGCUGGAUGGCAGAGCCUUUCCAGAACUUCAAAAGGGGCACGGGGAAAUUGAUGAAAUGGCUACUAGUCAUCGACAAUGCGGACAACCCAGAUGAUGUCCUCGACUUCUGGCCUAAUUGUGGUCAAGGUUCGAUAGUAGUCACCAGUCGAGAUCGUCAGGCUAUGACAAAGAAUUACUUUGGGGAGUGUGGUACUGAGCUCUCCGUCUUGGAAGAGGACGACGCCAUUUCCUUAUUGCAAGGGCUCCUGAAAAGGCAUCAUCGACCAACCGAGUCCGUAGACGUCCUCCGUCAAGUUGUUACGACUUUGGAAUGUUGGCCAUUAUCGAUAGCGCAAAUGGCCAGUAUCAUUGGCCGUCGAAAGCUUUCACUUUCUAAGUUUCUGGAGGUUUACAAGAGCGACAAAGAUCGUGCCAACUAUCAUUCGAAACGGUCUGGAAAAUUAGACGGCUAUCCAUUGACCUUGUCUGCGGCAUGGGCCUUGAAAGAUAUGAGCCUUGGGGCUGCCCAACUCCUUUCAGUUAUCUCCCUGCUUGCCCCCGCCUCCAUACCUGAAGAGAUUCUGACCAAAAAACCGGAAUUGGCCCAGCUCCCAUCGUAUCCUCUUGAAAGCGACCGCUAUUAUCGAGAAAUCGAAAAGAUUGAGUCCUGUUCCAUUAUCACGCAGCAGCGGGGACCAACUGCUGAAGACCCUAUGGAAUUGUCAAUUCACCCGCUCAUUCAGGAAGUAGUUCGCGGGCAAUUGUUGAACAAUAAUGAUCAGAUAGUAUCUGUUUUCAAUGCGACUGUGAGACUUAUGACAGCCGUCUGGCCGUUUGAGACCCUUCCAUUUUACGGCUUUCAUGAAUUUAAUCGUGUUCAACGCUGGGACCAGUGCGAUAAGAUCCUGCCGCAUGCAUCGCAAUUGCGUCAACUCUAUGAAGCGUUCUCUGAUGAUAUCAGACAACGAUGUACCACACGUGACUUUUUGAAUAUUCUCAACGAGAUCAGCUGGUAUUUAUUUCAGCGCUCUAAUUAUGACGCCUCCCUGGAUUGUAUUAAGAUGAUCCUGAAAACGCUCAAAAUUGACUCGGAAGACCAUUCUCAGAUAGAAGCCGGCCUGUAUGGAACUUGGAGUGGCAUCGCAGUUGAGACCAAUCAGCCCCAGGUAGCUCUUGAAAAGCGUCUGGAAAACCUCACCAUUCUAGAGAGAAUAUUCGCCGAGACAGGGGACGUCAACUCACAGAUUGCCGCUUGCUACUCCGAGACAGCCCGCUCUCUAAUUAUGAACGGCAUGUUCACGAGGGCCGGAGAGUUCAUUGAUAAAUCAGUUGCUCUUCGAAAGAAAAUGCCUCAUUUCUCCAGAUUACAGCUAUAUAGUCCCCUAUACUACACGGCUCUAAUCCAUAUACAUGAAAGGAAGUUUGAGGAUGCAGAGUCAGUACUAUUAGAAGCCCUGAGAGAUCGAGAAGUCAAGUAUGGCAAGGAUGAUUGCGAAAGCAAGCGGUUAGUACGCGCUCUUCCCGGAAGCUCAAUGCGGAAAUCAUGGAAUCAUGGAGCUGACUCAGGCAGAGCUGGGAUAUUAUUGUUCAGCUUAGGCAAUGUCUUGACCAAGCAGGGUCGAUACGACGAAAGCUUUGACUAUCACCAGCGAGCACUAUCCCAAUUCCGCGCAACAGGAAAUGCGAAUGAUUUAGACGUUGCCAACGCUUAUUACAAGCUCGCGUCGCAUUAUCUGAGAUACAAAAGUCUUGAUCUGGCGAAGUUUGUUCCCUUUCAUUGCUCCUCCGAAGGCUUGGAGAAGAUCAAUUGCUAA